AUGCUCGCAUCUAUCUCGCACGCCGACACGCUGCGAUCCAUUCCUCGAAAUCCGGACAUGGUUACGCGACACCCAUCGGCCGAAGACCUGGAUGCCGCUCAGCAGCUCAUUUCUUCCGCUCAGGCCGGCCGAGAACAUCCUUUAGAUCGACAACACAUGAAUGAGGGGCUUCGGACUUCGGACACAAAGGCCACUCCGAGUCAAUAUGAGUUGGAAACCUACGUGGAAAGACCUGUGAUGCAGUCUUCAGAGCCCGGGAGUGGGCUUUAUCCCAUAGACAAAACGUCUCCCAAGUCGCAAAAAGACACCUCAUUUCUGGGGCAUUCUUGCAGUAAUUGCGGUACGAAAAGCACUCCGUUAUGGCGGCGUUCACCAACCGGAGCCAUGAUUUGUAAUGCAUGCGGCCUUUACCUAAAAGCGCGAAACGUUGCCAGACCAACAAAGAGAAACCGAGCACAAGCCAGUCCCGAAGCCUCUCUCCCGCCGAAUUAUCCAGUUGGUUCUCAGACCGAUCCGGCCAUUGGUGGAAAUGAAGGCUGCGGAGGCUCCACGGGGUCCUGCCCUGGUGGAGGGAACUGCAACGGUACGGGUGGUGCGGAAGGAUGCGACGGCUGCCCAGCCUACAAUAAUCGCGUAUACAAAUCAACGGCACGAGGGAACGUCCCAGCGCAUGCGUUGAACAGGACAGCAAUACCAGAGACAGCUGCUCCUUCACAAGAACCCGAGGCGCAGACCAGGAACAACACUCAGGGAGAGGGCAACAAUAUGCUGGUUGCUUGCCAAAAUUGUGGGACUACUGUGACACCGCUCUGGCGUCGGGAUGAGAACGGUCAUCCCAUUUGCAAUGCUUGCGGCCUAUACUAUAAGCUCCAUGGUUGCUACCGACCUACCACGAUGAAGAAGACUAUCAUCAAGCGACGAAAGCGUGUCGUGCCGGCUUUGCGGGAACAUUCUCCCACCGCUGCCACGCAUUCUUCCCACGGCUCCUCUGCUUCACCAGAAGCGUCGUCGCCAGCUGCCCUUUCACACCCACUUGAUGACCGCUAUCACCGGUACUACAGCUCAGAUUCCUUUGACCGGAUAUCUCCGGUAACUCGACCGUUCGGAUUCGCGCCCCCACCCGUUGAUUUCACUGGCUUCAAUCUAAGCGCCGUAACUCUGCCACAUCAUCCCCCCCCUCCAAGAUUGCUCGAGCCCGGCCAUUCACCGGUCCCUCAAUUCGGCCGACGAUCGAUCUCGCCUAGUGCGGCGGGAAAUUCAAAGAAACGAACAUUAGCCGAGACCGGGGCAAGUGCAGAUGUUGUGCCGAACUCGCUGGAAGCUGGAUCUAAUCAGUUACCGCCUAUCGUCACAUCAGCUAACCCACCACCGCCCGCUCGUCUUAGCUCAAUCUCAUCUAUCCUUAACCAUGCGGGAGCGCGUAAUGAGGCCCGUCUGGAUUCCUCUCUUGCCGCUUUAGGCCGCCAGCAGCAUCCUCAAUCCCAGCACCCGCAGCCGUCUUCGCAUCCCGCUUCUCAACCUCCGCAAGCGCUACCGAGCGUGUCCGACUUGGAAAACUUCAGGGAAGACCGUCGGGCGAAGCUCCAGCGGGAGGCAGAGGAAAUGCGAGAAAUGCUCCGCGCGAAAGAACGGGAGCUUGCAGAGCUUGGCAACCCAUAA